AUGGUCGAUCUGGAGAGCGAGGUGCCCCCUCUGCCUCCCCGGUACAGGUUUCGCGAUUUGCUGCUUGGGGACCAAGGAUGGCAAAACGACGACAGGGUCCAAGUUGAAUUCUAUAUGAAUGAAAACACAUUUAAAGAGAGACUAAAGUUAUUUUUUAUUAAAAAUCAGCGAUCCAGUCUAAGAAUACGCCUGUUCAAUUUUUCUCUCAAAUUAUUAAGCUGCUUGUUAUACAUCAUCCGAGUGCUGCUGGAAAGUCCCUCACAAGGAAAUGAAUGGUCUCAUAUCUUUUGGGUGAACAGAAGUCUGCCUUUAUGGGGCCUGCAGGUUUUAGUGGCCUUGAUCAGUCUAUUUGAAACCAUACUACUUGGUUAUCUCAGUUAUAAGGGGAACAUCUGGGAGCAGAUUUUACGAAUACCCUUCAUCUUGGAAAUAAUUAAUGCGGUUCCCUUCGUUAUCUCGAUUUUCUGGCCUGCUUUAAGGAAUCUCUUUGUCCCAGUCUUUCUGAACUGCUGGCUUGCCAAACAUGCCUUGGAAAAUAUGAUUAAUGAUCUGCACAGAGCCAUUCAGCGUACACAGUCUGCAAUGUUUAACCAAGUUCUGAUUUUGAUAUCUACAUUGCUUUGCCUUAUCUUCACCUGCAUCUGUGGGAUCCAGCAUCUGGAGCGGAUCGGGAAGAAGCUCAACCUCUUCGACUCCCUUUACUUCUGCAUCGUGACCUUCUCGACCGUGGGCUUUGGGGAUGUCACUCCCGAAACCUGGUCCUCCAAGCUCUUUGUCGUGGCUAUGAUCUGUGUGGCCCUUGUGGUCCUCCCCAUACAGUUUGAGCAGCUGGCCUACUUGUGGAUGGAGAGGCAGAAGUCGGGUGGGAACUACAGUCGCCACAGAGCUCAAACGGAAAAGCAUGUUGUCCUGUGUGUCAGUUCACUGAAGAUCGACCUACUUAUGGACUUUUUAAACGAGUUCUACGCCCACCCGAGACUGCAGGAUUAUUACGUGGUGAUUCUGUGCCCCACGGAAAUGGACGUGCAAGUCCGGAGGGUGCUGCAGAUCCCCAUGUGGUCGCAGAGAGUCAUCUACCUUCAAGGUUCCGCCCUGAAAGACCAGGAUCUGCUGAGAGCAAAGAUGGACGAUGCGGAGGCCUGCUUCAUUCUGAGCAGCCGCUGUGAGGUGGACAGGACGUCCUCUGACCACCAGACGAUCUUGAGAGCGUGGGCUGUAAAGGACUUUGCUCCCAAUUGCCCUUUGUAUGUCCAGAUUCUGAAGCCCGAGAAUAAAUUCCACAUCAAAUUCGCCGAUCAUGUUGUUUGUGAAGAAGAGUUUAAAUACGCCAUGUUAGCUUUAAACUGUAUAUGCCCAGCAACAUCUACACUUAUCACACUACUGGUUCAUACCUCUAGAGGGCAGGAGGGCCAGCAGUCGCCCGAGCAGUGGCAGAAGACCUACGGCAGGUGCUCGGGGAACGAGGUGUACCACAUCACGCUGGAGGAGAGCGCGUUCUUCGCCGAGUACGAAGGGAAGAGCUUCACGUACGCCUCCUUCCACGCACACAAGAAGUUCGGUGUCUGCCUGAUUGGUGUCAGGAGGGAGGACAAUAAAAACAUUCUGCUGAACCCAGGCCCCCGGUACAUUAUGAACGCCACGGAUGUGUGUUUUUAUAUUAAUAUCACCAAGGAAGAGAACUCAGCGUUUAAGAACCAAGACCAGCAGAAAAAGAGCAGUUUCUCGCGGUCCUUCUACCACGGGCCAUCGCGGCUGCCUGUGCACAGCAUCAUUGCCAGCAUGGGCACUGUGGCUAUCGACUUGCAAGACACUAGCUGUCGGUCGGCCAGUGGCCCUACCCUGACUCUUCCGACGGAGGGAAUCAAAGAAAUCCGAAGGCCCAGCAUCGCCCCUGUCCUGGAGGUUGCAGAUGCAUCAUCCCUUCAAACAUGUGACCUUCUCAGUGACCAAUCAGAAGAUGAAGCUACACCGGACGAAAAAAUGUCCUCAAACUUAGAGUACGCUAAAGGCUACCCCCCCUACUCUCCAUACAUAGGAAGUUCACCCACGUUUUGCCAUCUCCUUCACGAAAAAGUGCCAUUUUGCUGCUUAAGACUAGACAAGAGUUGCCAGCAUAACUACUAUGAAGACGCAAAAGCCUAUGGAUUCAAAAAUAAACUAAUUAUAGUUGCAGCUGAAACAGCUGGAAAUGGAUUGUAUAAUUUUAUUGUUCCUCUCAGGGCUUAUUAUAGACCAAAGAAAGAACUCAACCCCAUAGUGCUGCUGUUGGAUAACCCGCCAGAUAUCCACUUUCUGGAUGCAAUCUGUUGGUUCCCAAUGGUUUACUACAUGGUGGGCUCUAUUGACAACCUCGAUGACUUACUCAGGUGCGGCGUGACCUUCGCUGCCAACAUGGUGGUCGUGGACAAGGAGAGCACCAUGAGCGCCGAGGAGGACUACAUGGCUGACGCCAAGACCAUCGUCAACGUGCAGACCCUUUUCAGGCUGUUUUCCAGUCUCAGCAUCAUCACCGAGCUGACUCACCCCGCCAACAUGAGGUUCAUGCAGUUCCGAGCCAAAGACUGCUACUCCCUGGCCCUUUCCAAACUGGAGAAGAAAGAACGAGAGAGAGGUUCGAACUUGGCCUUCAUGUUCCGGCUGCCCUUUGCUGCCGGGCGGGUGUUCAGCAUCAGCAUGCUGGAUACCCUUCUCUACCAGUCGUUUGUGAAGGAUUAUAUGAUUUCCAUCACCAGACUCCUGCUGGGAUUGGACACUAUCCCAGGAUCGGGCUUCCUUUGUUCUAUAAAGAUUACCGAGGAGGACCUCUGGAUCAGAACGUACGCCCGGCUCUAUCAGAAGCUGUGUUCCUCCAGCGGAGACGUCCCCAUAGGGAUCUACAGGACUGAAUCUCAGAAGCUCGCUACGUCUGAGUCUCAAAUAUCAAUCAGUGUGGAGGAAUGGGAAGACACCAAAGACUGCAAGGACCAAGGUCAUCACCGAGGCAACCACCGCAACUCCACGUCCAGCGACCAGUCGGACCACCCCCUGCUGAGGAGAAAGAGCAUGCAGUGGGCCCGAAGGCUGAGCAGAAAAGGUCCCAGACACUCUGGUAAAACAGCUGAGAAAAUAACGCAGCAGCGACUGAACCUCUACAGGAGGUCAGAGAGACAAGAGCUUGCUGAACUUGUGAAAAAUAGAAUGAAACACUUGGGUCUUUCUACAGUGGGAUAUGAUGAAAUGAAUGACCACCAGAGCACCCUGUCAUACAUCCUGAUUAACCCGUCUCCGGACACCAGACUAGAGUUGAAUGAUGUUGUAUAUUUAAUCCGACCAGAUCCACUGUCAUACCUUCCCAACAGCGAACCCAGUCAAAACAGCAGCAUCUGCAAUGCCACUGGUCAAGACUCUCGGGAGGAAACUCAGCUUUGAUAACACAAAAAUAACGAACUUCUUGUUUUCCGACAAGGAGCUUGCUUGAAAGAACUCUCUAUUUUAGGAGGAAAAUAUGGCUGGCAUGAAAUAAACUAGACCGGACUAUCUUCAAAUCUCUCUUAUUGACACAAAUCUAUUCUCUUAGAAAUAUAGGUUAUUUUGAAAUUUAACUUACUGCUUAUUGGUAUUUCUCCUAGUAAUAUUGGAAAGACAUCCAGGGAAUGGUUUUGGAAAACCUAAAUGAAAACACACGAUUUUAAAUCUGCUCACUGCAUUGUUUGACAAUAAUCCGAACUGUCUGAAGUCAAUUUUUACAAAUUUUAAGGUUUUCUGGAAGUCAAUGAAAAAAUCCAGCUCUACUUGGUGCAUCAUAUUAUAUUCUUUAAAACUGGUCUUUUACAAAAUUGAGCUCAUCACCUUCUCUACACAGGGAUGACAAACUCGUGGGCUGACAUUUUUGUAGGAGUCAUAGUUUGCUUUAGAAUAUUAAGUCACCUUCACUUGUUUUGUUGCCUUUUCAUAGGAUACCAUGUUUAUUUUAGGACUUGAGAUGCUCAUAGCAUGUUUUACUACACCGAGGAAACCAGAACAAAUAAAAAGAAGUAUCGAGAAGCUGAGAUUUUUGCUCACUUUAUGUCUGACCCUCAUUGUAUGCCAAGGAGAGUGUAUUAAAAAGCAAAUAUCGAUUGUUCUCCUAAAAGAAUGCCUAAAUUGAGAAAAUACUUAAAGUAUAUUUGCUGACUUACAUUUAAUCCAGGAAUUGAAAUAGGCAGCGAUUUUCAUUGGACUAUUGAGCUUCAACAUUUUUUAUAUAUCUAUAUAGAGUAUUUCAUUAGAAAGGUAGUUUAAAAUUCAAAGAUGCAAAACUAUACUCCUUAUGGAAUACAAGAACAUUUGAAGCAUUAAAAGUCCUCUUUUAUGCCAUUAGUAUUGCAAUAAUCAUACCCAAAAACUGAUGUUAAAGAUUUGGAUUGAAUUUUGAAAAAUUAUCUAUGGGAAUAUACAGUAGUUUAACACUGUGAGGAUAAAGCAUUUAAUAAACAUAGUUUUGCCAUUUAAAUGGCAUAUAACUCGGGUAAAACUUAACAGUUAUAAAUGAAAUGUAAAUUGACUUUGGAUGACACCAAGGCCUUUGCCUGUAUUUCCAAAUCUCCUUCAGAAAAAUAAAGAAAAGCACAGAGUAUAGUUGUCUAUUAGUUGCAAUGUGUUAAGGUAGAGAGAGACAUUGGUAAAUUUAAAAAGUUAUUUUUCUUCCAACUUUGUAGUUUUCCUUUUUUCUGAAUUUGACAUUGAGUUUCAGUUCAGUAGAAAAUAGGACAUAUAAGACUUAGAUAAAUUUUAUCUUUUUUUUUUUUUCAUAGAGAAGCAGAGAAAUUGAAAGGAAAAUAGAAAGGUUAAAACAAAACAGAGAGAAAGGAAACCUAAUAGUCCCCAAAUAAUUCUAUGGAAAUAAAAAUGCAAAACAUAAACUGUGAAAUUGUAGAUUAUCGCCAUUCUAUAUUUUGGCUUAGAGAAUGAAAUGCCCAUUUGUGUGUGUUGUUGUUUAAUUUUUUGUACUUUACCUUACUCUCAUUUUGGAAUAGUAAAGCCACCAAGAAUUUCCUCCACAACAGGGAGCGCCUACCUUUAAUUUUCUUUCAUCAGACAGAGAAGUGGAAUUUAUAACCAGUUACUUAAAACGGAAAGCAUGCCUUAAAGCAAAGACUGUAUGCAUAGGUAUGUCCGUGUUAUAAGCACAUGGGAAAGGUAUUUGACAAACGCACAUUAACAUGCACUGUAUUCAAACUAAAGGCAGAAUCAAAGUAGUAUAUGCACUGGAGAGCAGCGAUGCAUUUACUGACCCUGUUUCAUAUUUGCACAUCAACAGUCAGUCUUUCUUUCAAUUGCCAUUUCUUUACAUCAUUACAGUUAUUGUUAGGAAUAAACAUAAGAUUUUAUGAAUCUUCCAUUUCUUCCCAGGAUCUCAAGUUAAGACUUUUUGCAUUAUGACAGCUGUCAAGACUAGGAUUUUAAGUUAAGACAUGACUAUGUUUCCUAUAAAACUAAAAACCCCAUUUCAUACAUUUUACAAUAAUUAUUUUUGAUUAUAAAUAUUCAUCCAAAUUUACUGUUUAACACAAUUCAUACAGCCUGCUGUAACAAUGACAGUUUAUUAGCCUUUCUGUUAUUUAAAGAAUAAAAACAUGCUAAUAAAAGCCUUUUAACAAAAACGGUUGCCUUUUUAAAAUACACUUGCACAUGAAAAUAAAACAUAAAGCUAAUAAUAGUCCUUGUAACCCUAAGGGAACAGGUUGUUUAUUGUCUAUGUAACAUUUUGCUACCAGUAACAUUGAAC